AGACUUGCUUCUGACGCUUCAGUGAGCACCUGCAAGCUCCAAGACCUGACACCAUGGUGCAUUUUACUGCUGAGGAGAAGUCUGUGAUCACUGGCCUGUGGGGCAAAGUGAAUGUGGAAGAGACUGGAGGCGAGGCUGUGGGCAGGCUCCUGGUGGUCUACCCUUGGACCCAGAGGUUCUUUGACAGCUUUGGCAACAUGUCCUCGCCCUCCGCCAUCAUGGGAAACCCCAAGGUCAAGGCCCACGGCAAGAAGGUGCUGACCUCCUUCGGAGACGCGGUCAAGAACAUGGACAACCUCAAGGGCACCUUUGCGAAGCUGAGUGAGCUGCACUGUGACAAGCUGCAUGUGGAUCCUGAGAACUUCAGGCUCCUGGGCAACAUGAUAGUGAUUAUUCUGGCUUCUCACUUUGGCGGAGAGUUCACCCCUGAAGUGCAGGCUGCAUGGCAGAAGCUGGUGGCUGGUGUUGCCACUGCUCUGGCCCACAAGUACCACUGA